AUGGAUUCAUCUAUCCAUGAGUCGCUGGCCCUAUUGGCCUCACAUUAUCCCGCGAGUGCAACCCUCGUGGCCAUCUUGCUCUGUCUCAGCACGACGUUUCUCGUUCUUCAGGAAAUAUUCAAACCCGUGGGAAAGCGACGAGCACCAGCAGGGAAACAAUGGCGACUUCCACCGGGGCCUCGAGGCAAGCCAAUUCUUGGAAGUUUGUUAGAUCUUAAGACAGGACGGGACGAUCCCGAUCAUAGCAUGCAUCGCUAUCUGGCACGAUAUGGUGAAAUGACUACAGUGCACCUGGGCUCCAAGACCUGGGUGUUUCUGAACAGCCGGCGGGUUGUCGCCGAGAUCAUCGCGAAGCGUGGCUCGCUCACCAACGGGCGGUCACCCAUGCCGAUCGCCAGCGGUAUUGUGAGCCGUCAUAGCCGCUCACUCCUUCUUCCUCCGUCGGGAUGGACCGAGAAGCGCCGUGUGAUGCAUUCCCUACUCAGCGGGACCGCCCUCAAGCAAUACGGAUCCUGGCAGGAACUCGAAAGUACGCAGCUACUCGUCGAGUAUUACUACCAACCGCAGCUGUGGUAUCGUCACCAUUACCGAUACGCCAACUCGGUGGUGCACCGCAUCGCAUUGGGUGAGCGGUUGACCAAAUCAAACAAAGAGCUGGCUGAUCUGCAAGACGUCGUGACCCACUUCGUCGGGAGCAUUGGCUCGAGCCUGGUGGACUGGUUCCCGGAAUUAGAUGCCCUGCCACGGGUUCUGCAGCCGUGGCGAAAGUACUGGGAGCGACUUGGUCAGUGGAACUUUGAGGUCUACCGGUCCUGGUGGGUGCCAGUCCGAGAGAAGGUGGAAGCCGGGACUGCGCCGCCAUCGUUCGUGAGAGAUGUCUUGCUGCACGAAGAUACCAAGUUCACGGGAGAUGAUCAGGAAGCAAUGUAUGUGGCAAUGCAACUGAUUGAAGCGGGCAGCGACACGACCCGAGAGGCAUUGAACAUCUUUGUCAUGUCCGCGCUGUCCUAUCCGGAGGUUUUUCUGAAUGCCCGAGCCGAAGUAGACCACAUCUGUGCCGCAGAUGAGUCCAGCCUACGCCUUCCGGGGCUCGACGACAUGGAGCAGAUGCCGUAUGUCUGCGCUGUCAUCAAAGAGCUGCUGAGAUGGAGACCUAUCUUCCCAUUCACGCCGGACCAUGUUCUGACGACGGAAAUGGAAUUCGAGGGAUACCACUUCCCACCCGGAGUUGGCUUUGUUAUUAAUGGUAUUCCAGUUUGUAAUGAGUGCGAGGACCCAGAGACCUUCAAACCAGAGCGAUGGCUCGACGGGCACGAGACCGAUGCUGCACAUGGACUGUGGCAGUUUGGUGGUGGACGCCGGAUCUGUGUGGGUUAUCGACUUGCACAGAGAGGGCUGUUCAUAAACAUUGCCCGCUUGGUGUUUUGCUUCAAUUAUACUGCGUCUGGUCCGUAUGACUCGCGGCGACUCAACCACCAUACAACAGAUGAGCCAUUCCCAGUGAAAGUCACCCCUCGAAGUGACAAGCAUGUUAAAUUGAUGGUCGAGGAGGCCACAAGACUCGGAGUGCUGGAGGAUGCCAAAUCCCGGACGUGA